AUGGGUCAACACAAUGGGUCACAAUGGGAAAACAUUACUGAUAUCGAGAUAAGGAAGCACGAGGGCAAGGCGUACGUGGGCGUCUUCCAGUUCCAGGAGCCCGCCAUCAUGGUGCGCGACCCGGAGCUGCUGCGCGCCAUCCUCGUCAAGGACUUCGCCAGCUUCCAGAAGAACGUCUUCCCUGUGGACAAAGACCUCGACCCGCUGGUGGCCAAGAACCCGUUCGUCCUCACAGGCGAAGAGUAA